AUGCUGCUUGCCGCCCAGAAGCUCGAGUGCAUGCUCCGGGCGCGCACGCUGACACGGCUAAGUAAGCUCAGCGAUCACCUGCGUAAGAUGUCGAGUGAUCACGUCGCUUGGAAUGACAAAUAUCCGACGGCCAAACGCUCAGGUACGGUCGAGACCUUCAAGAGCGCGUCCCAAGGGUCUGUCGAGGUGCCAGAGCCAUAUGACUGGCUACAAGCAUCUGCAAGCGAGCCGAAAGUUUCUAGCUUUGUAAAGUCGCAAGCUCAGCUGACUGAGAGCUAUCUGGCCAAGUUGCCGGACCGGAAACCGCUAAGAGAUGUCAUCGAGAGCAACUUCAGCUAUCCUCGCCUGUCCUGUCCUAGUCUGAAGGGCGACGGCUAUCGCUACUAUUCCUACAACUCUGGCUUGGAAAAUCAAUCGAGGCUUAUGCGAUUCCGCAAAGGCGACGAGGGCAAGGAGGACAGAGCGGCCGAACUCUUCUUCGAUCCCAAUCGUUUGAGCAAAGAGGGCACGACUUCCCUGAGAACAACAGCAUUCUCCGAGUCGGGCAACCUGUUCGCAUAUGCACUCAGUGCCAAAGGUUCGGACUGGUCGACCAUCUAUGCCCGCAAGACAGCGUCGACGCAUCCUCCCAACGACACCUCGGUAGGCGAUCACGGCAGGUUGUCAGAUGUGAUCAAACAUGUCAAAUUCAGCUCACUCACUUGGAAGACGGAUGAUUCUGGCUUCUUCUACCAGCGUUUUCCCGAGCCAUCGACAGACGAGCUCGGCAAAGAGACCGACCAAACUGAGAAUGCCUCUUUGCACUUUCAUCGAAUCGGUACCGAGCAAAAUGCAGACGAACUGGUUUACAAGGACGAGCAGCAUCCAAAGUACAUGUUUUCUACGGAUGUGAGCGAUGACGGGCAGUUCUUGUUCAUGUACACCUCUCGUGACACAGCAAGGAAGAAUCUGCUCUGGGUGAAAGAUCUUCAUGAGCCAGACAGCGAUUGGCUCAAGGUCGUUGACGAGUUCGACGCGGAAUAUUCCGUCAUCGCAAAUGACGGCACGAAGCUCUAUCUGUCUACAAACGCGCAAGCGCCGCAAAAUAAGCUCGUCACCUAUGAUCUUGCCAAUCCCGAAGCUGGCUUCGUCGAGCUUCUUCCCGAAGAUCCUACCGCGACACUUUCCUCUGUGCAUGCCAUAGACAAUGACAAGCUGUUUGUGAUUUACUCUCGCGAUGUACAAGACGAGCUAUGGCUUUACGAUCUGGCGACAUGCACGCAGAAGCAGCGCUUGCUCGAGCAUGAAGUGGGCAGCAUCACGCAGAUAUCUGGUCGCAGGCAUCAUACCGAUUGUUUCGUGUCCCUCACAGGCUUCCUAGCGCCAGAUACGACCUACUGGCUCAAGUUCCAUCAAGGCAAGCCAAGUAUCGAGCCAUAUCGUACGACGAAGCUCUCUGGCCUCUCACCGGAUGACUUUGAGCCCACACAGCAGAUCUUCUUCGACAGUCGUGACGGCGUGACCAAAGUGCCCAUGUUCGUCACACGGCCGAAAGUCCGCAAGACGAAUGCUGCGCUGUGUUAUGCUUAUGGCGGCUUCUCGCACGCCAUGACGCCAUUCUUCUCGCCUGCAAUGCUGUCAUUCUGCAAACGAUACGGCGUCUCCCUCGUCGUGGUCAACGUCCGGGGAGGAAGUGAGUACGGAGAGACUUGGCACGAAGCGGGUACGAAGGAUCGCAAACAGAAUGUCUUCAAUGAUUUUGCCGAUGCGGCGCUUCAUCUCGUCAAAUUGGGCGUAGCGGAUGAGGGCAAGAUUGCUAUCAAUGGUGGCUCGAACGGCGGCUUGCUCGUCGCUGCCUGCCUCAAUCAAUUUCCUCAGCUGUGGGGCGCAUGUCUGGCCGAUGUCGGCGUCAUGGACAUGCUGCGAUUCCAGCGUUUCACGAUCGGCAGCGCUUGGGUCAGCGACUACGGUGAUGCGGAUAACGAUCCAGAAGCAUUCGAUUACCUUUACAAAUACUCGCCAGUACACAACGUUCCGGCUGAUGCGGAACUACCCGCGACGCUGCUCUGCACGAGUGAUCACGAUGAUCGUGUGUCACCACUACACAGCUUUAAGCUCGCAGCAGCUCUGCAGCAUGCAAGGCCCAACAACAAGGAACCUCUAUUGCUGCGUGUCGAUCUUGACUCGGGUCACGGGGCAGGCACCGGAACCGCAUCGAACAAGCAGCCGACAAAUACGCAUUCGCAGCGAACGCGCUCAGACUGUCGGUAGUCGCGUGAUCAAUCCAGAUCGCUCCCAUCGUCGUCGGACUGAUCACCGCCGCCUCCGCCAAAGAGUCCAAGCCGGCGCAUAAGCGCUUCUAUCGUACUCUGUGAUGACGCCGCGCCCGGUACAGGCAUGGCAUCGAUCUGGGCUUGUGUCUUGUAGAGACGCGCAAAGUAACGAUCGUCGUAAGACGAGAUUGCAUCCUUCGGUGGCAUGUUAUCGUAGCUGUAGCCCGCGCCCCAAGCUACGAUGCCAGAGCUGAGCAUUGGUUUGAGCGAUGGCACGUCUGACAUUAUGACGUUUCGCAAGACGCCUUCUGGGCACUCUGCAUUGGGGUAGGUGCCCUUUUGAGGUUUUGCGUAUGCAGACAGCUUCGACUCACAAGCUGCAAUACCUCGCUGUAGC